UAUACGGGACGCGUGAUUGAUAUCUUGGGCAAGAAAUACAACUCUGAAGUCUUCUCGGACGCCAUCUUCCUCGUCUGCAUAGUGUCCCUGGGCAGCUCUUUGUUCUCCGGCUGUCGCGGGGGGCUCUUCACAUUCAGCAUGUCCCGGAUGAACCUCCGGGUGCGCGGCCUGCUCUUCUCGUCUCUGGUGCGGCAGGAUCUGGCCUUCUUCCAGGAGGUGAAGACAGGGGACCUGACCUCCCGACUUUCCAAAGACACGACCAUGAUGAGCGAGUCAGUGCCGACCAACGCCAACAUCUUCCUGCGCUCCCUGAUCCAGGCCGUCUGGCUCUACUGCUUCAUGCUCGGCCUCUCUCCGCGCCUGACUCUGCUGACCCUCAUUGAGAUACCGCUCAUGAUGGCCCUCCAGAGGGUCUACGACACUCGUCACCAGGCUUUCCUUCAGGCCAUCCAGGACUCCCUGGCGCGCUCUGGGGAGGUGGUGCGUGAAACUCUCUCCUCCAUAAGGACGGUGCGCAGCUUCGCCAUGGAGGAGGAAGAGUCCCGGCGCUACGAUGCGGCCCUGGCUGAGACCCGAAGGCUCAAGAACCAGCGAGAUCUGGAGCAGGCGCUGUAUCUGCUCGUCCAGCGGUUCAUCCGCUUGGGCGUCCAGCUCCUCAUUCUCUACAGCGGCUACCAGCAGAUCCAGGCCGGCCUGCUCACCAAAGGGAACCUCAUCUCCUUCAUCCUCUACCAAGGGGACGUGGGGAAUCACGUAGAGACCCUGGUGUACGUUUACGGAGAUCUUCUGAGCAAUGUGGGGGCCGCAGAGAAGGUGUUCGAGUAUCUCUAUCGAGAGCCGGGAGUCCGCACAGAUGGGACGCUGGCCCCAGCAGUUCCCCAAGGCCGUGUCUCCUUCCGAAAUGUUUCCUUCUGCUACCCGUCUUGCCCGGAUAUCCAGGUCUUAAAGAACGUCUCCUUUGAACUCCGCCCCGGAGAGGUGACGGCGUUGGUGGGGCUGAACGGAAGCGGGAAGAGCACCUGUGUGGCCCUGCUGGAGCGGUUCUACGAGCCUGAGUCUGGGGAGAUCCUGCUGGACGGGACCCCCCUCCACGAGUAUGAGCACAAGUACCUGCACAGCCAGGUGGCGCUGGUGAGCCAGGAGCCCGUCCUCUUCUCUGGGUCCAUUCGGGACAACAUCGCCUAUGGGGUGGAAGGCUGCAAAGAGGAAGACGUGAUCAGAGCAGCGAGAGACGCCAACGCCUGGGAGUUCAUUCAGGACCUGGAAGGAGGGUUUAACGCAGAUGUGGGUGAGAAGGGGGGCCAGAUGUCCGUGGGAGAAAAGCAGCGCUUGGCGAUCGCUCGAGCUCUCCUCCGCAACCCGAAGGUCUUGAUCCUGGAUGAAGCUACAAGUGCCUUGGAUGUGGAGUGCGAAGCAGCUAUCCAGAGGUCGGUGGUCAGCGGCCGACGCCGGGCCGUGCUGGUGAUUGCUCACCGCAUGCAGACGGUGGAGAGCGCCGACAAGAUCCUGGUGCUGGAAGGCGGGACAGUGGUGGAGGAGGGGACCCACGAGGAGCUGAUGAGCCGCAGGGGACCCUACCACAGACUGGUGCAGAGGAACUGGACCCAGUAGUUGGCCGAGGGGACACCGGUUGGACAGCCCCACUGGUGGUGGCAGAAUUUGGGGCAGACCGUGAAACGCAGCUUGGACUUAGAAGAGAAGGUGCGGUUCUUGAGUUGUGAAGAGAUGAAAUGGCUGGAAAAGACUGUACAGCGCCUAGCACUUCGUGGGUAGCAGCGAUACCCCCCCCCCCAAACAAUUGCUCAAUGCAAAAGUGGUUUUGGGUACACCCCCCCCUUUCCGUUGGCUGAUGGCUUUUGUCUUGUUAUUGUGUUAUUGCUAGUGAGAUAAUAUAAAUGAUUUCAGUCAACUGUCAA